CCUUAAACCCUCAAACCUGUCAAACGGCCCAACUGAACCCAAUCAAAUUCAAGUCUUCAAGUGCAGUGUCGACUGCCUCUCUCUUUUCCCUUCGAGAAAAAAGCAUGGAAAUAGAAGCAGUGUUUCCUCGCUACAAAAAUUUUCAUGUUCCCUGUCAUGACCUGGAAAUUCUAUGUUUGAUUCUUCUCUGACGGCCAAAAAUGCCGAUUAUUCCAUAACUAAGAAACUUAAAACAAUGUUCAGGUGCUUUCCACCCAACGCUUCUUCCCUACUUUCUCAUCUCCACCACCCACUCAAAUCCUUCCACUCGUCCUCUCCUCUCUAUUGGAAACUCCGGGACGAAUACAAACUCACCCGACCCGAACUCCUCUCCCGGAUCACCCGGCUUCUCGUCCUAGGCCGUUACAACGCCCUCAAUGACCUCUCCUACGACUUCUCUGAUGAACUCCUCGAUUCCGUUCUCGAAACCCUCAGACUAAACCCCAACGCUUCCUUAUAUUUCUUCAAAUUAGCUUCGAAGCAACAAAAAUUCCGACCAAACGUCACGUCGUAUUGCAAAAUUGUCCAUAUCUUGUCUCGAGCUCGCAUGUACGAUGAAACCAGAGCUUAUUUAUCGGAAUUGAUCGGUUUAUGUAAGAACAAUUCCUCUUCCUUUUUAAUUUGGAAUGAACUCGUUAGGGUUUAUAAGGAUUUUAAAUUUUCGCCCUUGGUUUUCGAUAUGUUGUUGAAAAUUUAUGCUGAAAGAGGAUUGAUUAAGAAUGCUUUGAAUGUGUUUGAUAAUAUGGGAAAGUACGGUCGUGUCCCUAGUUUAAGAUCAUGUAAUUGUUUGUUGAGUAAUUUGGUUAAGAAUGGGGAAAGCUAUACGGCUUUGCUUGUUUAUGAGCAGAUGAUUAGGAUUGGGAUUGUGCCAGAUGUUUUUACGUCUUCCAUUAUUGUUAAUGCGUAUUGUAAGGAAGGGAGAGUGGAGAGAGCGGUGGAGUUUGUGAAAGAAAUGGAGAAUUUGGGUUUCCAGUUGAAUGUGGUUAGUUAUAAUAGCUUGAUUGAUGGGUUUGUUAGCUUGGGAGAUAUGGAGGGAGUGAAAAAGGUGUUGAAGUUGAUGUUUGAGAAGGGGAUUUCGAGGAAUGUGGUUACCUAUACGAUGUUGAUCAAGGGUUAUUGUAAAAAAUGUGAGAUGGAGGAAGCAGAGAAGGUGUUAAAACAGAUGGAAGAGGAGUUGGUGGUUGUGGAUGAAUAUGCUUAUGGUGUGCUGUUGGAUGGUUAUUGUCAAGUUGGUAAAAUGGAUGAUGCUAUAAGGAUUCAAAAAGAGAUGUUGAAAAUGGGACUGAAGAUGAAUUUGUUUGUUUGCAAUUCAUUGAUCAAUGGGUAUUGUAAAGUUGGUAAAACUCAUGAAGCAGAGAGAGUGUUGAUGUGUAUGGGUGAUUGGAACAUAAAGCCGGAUUCAUUUAGUUAUAAUACUCUUGUAGAUGGGUAUUGUAGGGCAGGCCUUAUGAGUGAAGCUUUCAAGCUUUGUGAUCAGAUGUUUGGAGAAGGAAUUGAACCAAGUGUUGUAACUUACAAUACCCUUCUCAAUGGUUUAUGUCGUGCAGGUGCCUUUAAUGAUGCUUUGCACCUUUGGCAUAUGAUGCUGAAAAAAGGAUUGAUCCCUGAUGAGGUUGGUUGUUGUACUCUGCUUGAGGUGUUUUUCAAGAUGGGAGAUGUUGAAAGUGCUUUAGAACUUUGGAAAAGUAUUUUAGCAAGGGGCUUUUCCAAAAACAGGAUUGUUUUUAAUACAAUGAUUAAUGGACUGUGUAAGAUUGGGAAAAUGGAUGAAGCAGAAGAGAUAUUUGACAAAAUGAAGGAACUAGGAUGCUUACCCAAUGGUAUAACAUAUAGAAUCCUGAGUGAUGGGUAUUGUAAAAUUGGAGAAAUUGCAGAAGCUUUUAAACUUAAAGAUAAGAUGGAAAAGGAAGCAAUUGUUCCUACAAUUGAAAUGUAUAAUUCUCUUCUUAGUGGAGUUUUCAAGUCUAGAAAACUAAGUAAAGUAGGGGAUCUUCUUACUGAAAUGUGUACCAGGGGACUGGCCCCUAAUCUUGUAACUUAUGGGGCUCUAAUUACCGGUUGGUGUGAUGUAGGAAACUUGAAUAAAGCUUUUAGUGUAUACUUUGAAAUGACUGAGAAAGGGUUUGCGCCCAACAUAAUUAUUUGCAGCAAAGUAGUCAGUUGCCUGUACAGGCUUGGCAGGAUUGAUGAAGCAAAUAUGCUAUUGCAGAAGAUGGUAGUUACUGAUCCUCUGUUAGCUCACAUGGGUUUGGAUAGCUUGAAGACUGAUGUUAGUUGCCUAAACAUUCAGAAAAUUGCAAAUACUCUUGAUGAAAAUGCCAAAAGAUUUUCUCUACCGAACAAUGUGGUGUAUAAUAUAGCUCUUACAGGAUUGUGCAAGUCUGGGAAGAUUGAUGAUGCGAGAAGAUUUUUUUCAGCUUUGCUACAACGAGGAUUCAAUCCAGACAAUUUUACGUAUACCACUUUGAUUCAUGGUUAUUCAGCCUCUGGUAAUGUCAAUGAAGCAUUCAGGUUACGGGAUGAGAUGCUGAAAGUGGGUCUUAAGCCUAAUAUUGUUACUUAUAAUGCUCUAAUCAAUGGCCUGUGUAAAUCAGGAAAUCUAGAUCGAGCACGCAGGCUUUUCAAUAAGCUUCCAUUGAAGGGGUUAGCUCCUAAUGCUGUUACCUAUUAUACAUUGAUUGACGGAUAUCUUAAAGUUGGUAAAACUUGUGAAGCCUCUAGUUUGGCCAAGAAAAUGAUAGAUGAAGGGGUUUCCACUUCUAUAGCCACCAACUCUGCACUGGUCAGCAGCCUUUGUGAGCAAGGAGAUCAAGGAAAAGCUAUGAAACUUUUGGCUGCUCGGGAUGAUGUUAAAUGUGGAGAUAUGAAGAAGAUCACCAAGCUUCCUGACAUGAUGCAUAUUUUGUAUCCGUCCCUUGACGUCAUCACACAGAAGCAAAUGGACUUGAUAGUAUCAGACCACUCGAGUGUCAUAUCUGAAGCUGUGUGUUGAUGGAUGCUCACAACUAAGGCGUUUCUGGCGUCCUUUUAUUGCGGGAAUAAUUUUAAAGAUUGGCCAUCCUUGUUUUUCUUCUUUAGCAUUGAAACUCAAG